UGUGUGGUUUGUUCGUCUUACAUAAACCAAAGUCGAUUUCCCCCCUUUCUUCUCCAAAAUAAGAACACUUGAAUUCGCUACAGCCGGGGCCUUACACAGUCUAUCCACCCUCUUCUCCCCGGCGGCACCGGUAGCCCAGUACUCUGUUUCAGCGUCACGAUAACCAAAAUAAACCCAAAAUUGAAAGUUCCCCAGUUGGGCUUUGUCUAAAACGACGAAGAAAAUGAAGUACAAAUAUGCAAUGGUGUGUUCUUCGAAUCAGAACAGAAGCAUGGAAGCUCAUUUCUUGUUAAAAAAACAAGCGUUUGAUGUCGCAUCCUAUGGUACUGGUACCCAUGUUAAGCUUCCUGGACCUUCACAGAGUAAACCUAAUGUUUAUGAGUUUGGUACGCCUUAUAAGCAAAUGUUGGAGGAGCUUCGUCGCAAAGACCCCGAAUUGUACAAGCGUAAUGGCAUAUUGCCAAUGCUGAAGCGGAAUGCAUCUGUCAAGCUUGCUCCUCAGCGGUGGCAAGAUAAUGCACUUGAUGGUGCAUUUGAUGUGGUGUUCACAUUUGAAGAAAAGGUCUUUGAUAUGGUUGUUGAAGAUUUAUACAAGCGUGACCAUGUACUUAUGAAACCUGUUGCCAUCAUCAACCUUGAGGUUAAAGACAAUCACGAGGAGGCGGCUAUUGGUGGUCGCCUUACACUUGAUUUAUGCCAAGAGAUUGAUGCAACUGAUUCCUGGGAGGAUAAGAUAGAUGAGAUAAUUGCUGCUUUCGAGAGACAUCAUAGACGAAAGAUCGUCUACACUAUUUCCUUCUAUUGAAGAUAUUAAAUAGACGUUUCAAUUUCGCCUCUCACUCUCCGAGUCCUCACCCUUGUGCUAUGCUGUAUAUUUGGUAACCAACCUGCUGAGAAGCCUCAGGAAGCUUUUCUCGUGCACAAAGAAUUUUUUACAGAGUGUUGGAUUAUUACUUGAGACAUUGUCUUAAACAUCAGAUAGUGUAAACUAGUUUUUAGCAAUUUUACUUGAAUAUUAUGCAAAAAUGAUCAGUCGGUAAAAAUAAACACCUUUGAAUCAUUGGUUAGCCUGUCGAAACUAAAGGGUAUUUUAUAUGGUUUUCUUUGGAUAUUGUAUGUCUUGUAAAAUUUUCUUUCCAAGUAACUCUUGAAAGGUUCA